AAAAAGAGCGCAGCAGAAGCGGCGAGCAACAGGUGCCUCCUAACGCAUGACGCACAGAACCCCUGCAAGCAAAGCAGGAAGCUUCAGCAUCUACUUCACUUAACCAGAGUUCAGUGCAGCUCAGAAUACGAAACUGUGCGCGAUGGAGUACCACAACGGCGUGGAGGUGAACGGCGUGACAGAGCUGCUGUACCAUAACGGCUGUAACAGCGACAGCUCCGUGCAGCAGAUGAAAAAGGGAGAAGCGGCGCGCGUAAAAGCGGAGGAGCGGCGCGCAGCGGCCAUGCAGUCAGCCUACUCCAACAUCCUGCGCGCUCUCGGAGAGGACACCGAGCGUGAAGGACUGCUCAAAACUCCUCUCCGAGCAACCAAGUCCAUGCAGUUCCUCACCAAGGGCUACCACCAAACCAUCUACGAUGUCCUUAAUAAUGCCAUUUUCGAAGAAGAUCAUGACGAGAUGGUUAUAGUGAAAGACAUUGACAUGUUCUCGCUUUGUGAACAUCACCUAGUACCAUUCUUUGGCAAGGUCCACAUAGGAUAUUUGCCAAGUAAGAAAGUGGUUGGCCUUAGUAAACUUGCCAGGAUUGUAGAAAUCUACAGCCGCAGACUGCAAGUACAAGAGCGUCUGACCAAGCAAAUUGCCAUGGCCAUCUCUGAAGCUCUGCAGCCAGCAGGAGUAGCAGUAGUCAUUGAAGCAGCUCACAUGUGCAUGGUCAUGCGUGGAGUGCAGAAGAUGAACAGCCGUACCGUGACCAGUACCAUGCUGGGAGUAUUCAGAGAGGAUCCGAAGACUCGUGACGAGUUUCUGGCCCUGACCAAGAGCCUUCAUUAAAGUCUCCUCUCAACAUCAAACACCAGCAAAGCGGUUUCACAUCUAACUGAGCUAUAACAUUCACUUCUUUUGGCACCCACACAAAUGUGCUUGCGGUAAAGGCAACACAUUACAGUUUGCUGAAUAAUCAAUACAUUUUUCGCUAGUGUCAUUUGGAGUAUACAGUAUUUUUACAGCUGAACUUCAGGAUGAACUUCUCUGGUUAACGUUCAUGCACAUGCCACUCCGGCCAUCUAAUAGACAACAUGCUUUUACCCCCUCAUACAUCAACUCAAUCAUAAAUACUCCAUCACAGAGGCGAUUAUUUUAUUAUUAAUUACUAAUAUUAAUUUUAUUUACAUAACCUUAUGUAUUUUGCAACAUAUUGCUAUAUACAACUAAUUCUAAUUUUAGGUGCUUGAAAAACUGAUGAGUGAUCUAUUUUUAUUUAGUAGUAUUUUAACAAAUUGAUUGUACUGAUAUUUUUUAAUAUCUAAAUGUCAAGCAUGUCUAAUUAUUCAACGUUUGCUAUCGUUACUAUUAUGGUACCAUCUGGUCAGGAUUUUCAUGCAAUCAGAGAUAUUUGAGUGUGUGACUGAUAUUUACUGGAUCUGUAAAUGUACACAGGUCCACAUUCACUGUUUUUUUUUUAUUUUUUUUUUUAACUAGAACAAGUGGGUCUGGUCAGUUGACAUGAUUUCUUGUAAAUUAUAAUUGUUAAAAAAAAAAAAAAAAAAAAAAAAAAAAAAAAAACACCUUGUGAACACAGUUAAUUGCAUUGUUAACUUCUGAACAUCUGAGGUUUUUUUUUUUUUUUUUUGGUAAGCCCAUGAUUAAUUGCUUUAUCUUCAGAAACUGCUUUAUCCUGGUCAGGAUUGUGGUGGAUCAGGUGUCUAUCCCGGGAACACUGGGCAUGACACGCAUAAGCACACACACACGCACACACACGCACGCACGCAUGCAUGCAUAUGCGCACAAAGACACAUCUCUUUGCAACUAGGGGCAAUUUAGUGUAGCAAGUCCACCUAGCAGCAUAUUUUGGAGGUGGGAGGAAACUAGAGAACCCAGAGGAACAGGGGAGAACAUGUGAAACUCCACAGACAGUAACCCGGCACUGUGAAACAGCAAUGCUUUGAACAGAGAUAUUUAAAAUAUAUGACCUGUCAAACACACCUGGACUGAAUGAAACACUCCAAUCUUCCAAUUUUAAAGAGGCCAUUAGCACAGAGAUUUACGUAUUUCCCUUUGGUUGAGCUUGCUUUCUUAAUAGUAGGAUAAUUAAAGGGGAAAAUACUUAAUAAUUUGCUCAGUAGUGUCAUGACACUGUAAGCUGUCAGUAGUAUGACUAAAACUAAGAUCAGCUCACAUUUUAAGAGCCAUUAAUUUACAAAUGCAUCAGUGAAUAUCUAACUUUCUAUUACAAUUUAUUCAGAAAAACCUAUGUAAUAUACUCUCAAAACAAUAAAAUGAGUUAUUAUAAA